UUUUCAGACAAGCACCAACUUCACUGUAAACCAUUCUUUCUUCAAGGCGCCAUUUAUUUUCCGCCAUUUAUUUCCCCCAAAAUUUUGGUCCACCCUUAAGCUGCAUUUUUGCCCAAAUCUUGAGCUCUUUGAGUCACGAUCGACCAACGAACCGAGGCACCAUUUCUUUAACCACUAAGCUACGUUUUCCCCCAAACUUGGAGAUUAUUCAACCGCGGUCUACCAACACGUAUCCUUCGGCGCCAACGUUCAAACUCCAGAAAGACUUGGACCGACGCCAAUGUCCAACCUCUAGAAAGACAUGGACCGACCAGUACUUCAUAAGUUGAUGUCGCUGUUAGUUCUGAAAUCUGAUUUCCACCUGACCCAACUCAUUCACUCGAAGAUGGAGAUAGACAAAGGGAAAGAAUGUUUGCAAAAUGUGGAUGACAUUAUAUUGGUAGAAUCCGAUAAUGAGAAUUUGAAGGAUGAUAUGAACUUAUUGGGUGAUGAAAACUUAGGCGGAGAUGGUGUAGUUGUACCUCAAGUGGGUAUGAAGUUCAAAGACAAUGUUGAAUUAUUUGAUUUUUACAAAAGAUAUGCGUACGCCAUAGGUUUUCCAGUUAGAAAAUGAAAUUCGAAAAAGGAUGAUGAUGGAGUGAUGAGAUAUCUUACGUGGAUGUGUAGUCGUGAAGGGAAAAGUAGUACUAAAAUCGGUAGUUUGAAGUUGCAAGAAACUAUUCAGACAGGUUGUCUAGCCAGACUGACAACAUCAGCACACGAUUAUGGAAUUUGGGGAAUUAACACAGUGAAUCUUGAACACAAUCAUAAAACAAGUUCAACCAAGUCGAGGUUGUAUCGAUGCAAUCGGGAGUUAAGUGCACAAGUUAAACGGCGGCUUCAAGUAAAUGAUAUUGUAGGAAUUUCAUUGCACAAAAGUUACAAUGUUGCAGUAGUCGAAGCAGGUGGAUAUGAAACAAGUUCAGCCAUGAUUCUUGCUUUCGAUUUCAAGUGUGUCAAUAACGUUGCAGCAGUUUUAACUCUAUGCCAGAGGACACCAAAUUCAUUCUUUGCAUCUUUCUCUUGCAAGGCAUCCACACAGGACUGGCUUCUCUCCAUCUCCUACUUCCAUAUAAUAUUUGAAGUAAUGUAUAGAAAAUUAAGAAGUUCAAAGAUAUAUUACGAAAUGAAUCAGACUUUUUAACGGGUGCAAACCAUGCAAUGGUAUUAAGUAUUAACAAGCAUUUCAAAUUUUC